UUUUUGCAGAAAAAGGUACUAUCAUUGACAAAACCGAUAACAAAGGAAGCCAUAGUGGAUCUCUACUGCAGCACCAACCCUAUGACUCUAUGCAUUGCAGACUUGGGUUGCUCUUCUGGACCAAACACUUUCUUAGUGGUCUCCGAACUUAUGGAGACAGUCCACAAUACUUGCCAAAAAUUGGGGCAUCAAACCCCUGAAUUUCAAGUGUACUUGAAUGACCUCCCAGGGAAUGAUUUUAACACUAUUUUCAAGUGCUUGCCAAGCUUCCAUGAGAAGAUGAGGAAUCAAAUGGGGCUAGGGCUUGGGCCAUGUUUUGUCACCGGAGUCCCCGGUUCAUUCUAUGCUAGGCUUUUUCCCACCAAAAGUCUGCAUUUUGUCCACUCUUCUUACAGUCUCAUGUGGCUCUCUCAG